AUUAAAUAUACUCUCAUUGUAUUAUGCGCCAUGCCAGAUGAACGGGGAAUCAAGACGUUUAAAGAGCGAAAAACUUUCGCUCAGAGAAAGGAGGAGGCUUCUGGGAUCCGGGCCAAAUUCCCCCAGAAGGUACCUGUGAUAGUUGAAAAGUAUCACAAGGAGAAGAGCUUGCCUGCUCUAGACAAGACAAAGUUCCUAGUGCCUCAAGAAAUCACCAUGUCUCAAUUUGUCACCAUUAUCAGGAAUAGAAUGUCUCUCAGCUCCACACAGGCCUUUUAUCUAAUCGUCAACAACAAAUCAAUCGCAUCCAUGUCAACAACCCUCUCGGAACUCUACAGGGACGAGAGGGACGCCGAUGGAUUCCUCUACAUGACCUACGCCUCACACGAGAUGUUCGGAGCAUUAGAAUCAAAAUCAGGAUCCCAUACCACCGACGAUGAUCACAGUCGAAGUCUAGUCCAGCAACCAUCAUCAAAAUUUUCGUCUUCAGGGACAAAUUCGUUUAACGAACAGUAGCUCAGCCGUAGUUUACAAUUAGCUACUUCAUACGUACCAUUUAUAUUAUCAACGGGGCACUAACAGUUAUUAUGAAUUGAUGUGCAAAAUACAAUAUUUUGAGUCGACUUCUUUACGAGUACGAACAGAAACUUCUCCCAACCUGGGGCCAAAUCGAAAAAAAACGAGCAAAUAACUAGCUAGAUGGUUGGGACCAAAUAGAGCGUCAAAGAAAGACGAAGAGUUCGAAAUAUAUUAUUUUAACCAAUUAUCUACCCUUUGAACGACUUAAUUAAAUAAAUAAAUUUACGAAUGAGUAUUUCAGAUAAUGGUAUCUAAGUUAUUAUGAACUCCUUUCUAGUCUUGCGCGGUUUCAGCUCCAAUUAAGUAAAUAUACGAAGGUCUUGUGACGACUGACAAGUGGCAAUUUAUUUUCGAAAAUCGAUACUAGAGAAGAGUUCUGUUUCUGAGAGAUUUUUUGCAAGAGAUGGCUGUUCCUUAAGACCAAAAAAUGAAAACAACGUUAUUUUUAGUUAUUUAGUUAUUCAGUUCUGAUAAUCUCUCUAAUCAUCAAAAAAAAUCUGUCGAAAAUCACUAGGUGAAAAUGUUUUUACUUUAAACAAUCGUUAUGCUGGUAAAAUGGUCCUGAUAACAGCCAAACCAUUUCAGUCAAUGAAUGUAGAUUAAGUUAAUGAGCAACGGUAUAACCACAAAACUAGAACACAUGUGCUGAGGGGCUGAUUUUUAGCAGAAUAGUUAAGAUAUUUUUCCAUCUGAACGUGCUGCCUAUGGUUUUUUAUAGCAAAGUGUCAUCUAAAGUAGCAUUCAACCAGUCUUAUCAGGGAUCUAAAACCCAAUUUGACAUACGAUAGUUUUUCACGUACUGAUUCAAAAAUCAUCCUUAGUUUCAGAUAAUAGGUUAACAAGCGUGUCGCUUUUACAAUUAAAUCAGUGUCGUCUUUCACUACCAAAUUUUUGCUGCUAACUGUAUAUUUAGUUUAGACUCGUUUUCACUGAAUCGCGAUAUCACACAAGAAAACAAUCUUUUCAGCGCAAAAGAUUUUUGGAUUCAAUGUAUCUUUUGACGCUACAGUGGUACCAUAGAAAACUGCUCGCAAAGUUGCGUAAAAUGAGAAAAUUAGUUGGUGCAAAAUUAAACCUAUUGAUAAUCCUGAAACACAUCAUUAACCUGCAUCAUUUUUCAAUUUCAUUUGUAUCGUUAAAAGAUGACUUAUUGCGUCAUUAUUUGAUAACCAUAUCAAAUAUUUCAGUCAGCUGAAGCGUUUCAUUGAAGUCUCGGUUUUCAAAUAGAUGGAAUAUGUUUCCUUAAAAGGUUCCAUUGAACUGAACUUAAGUAGUUGAAAACAACAUACAGUACCAUAUGUGACCGGUAUGCAAUUGCGAAAAACAUGCGUCUGACAGUUGAAUAAUUUGAGUUAAAAAGUUCAUUGAGUGACAACAAACAGGAUAACUUCAGUUCUAUUAAGGAAAGAAAUAGAAUUGAAUGAGAUGGUGCUUGAAAAUUGACCGGUAGUCUUCUAUUGAAAGUAAAUCCUGUAAAAAUUGUUAGAUUCUGACUUUUCAAAAUGGAUUGUUCAAUGAAAUGUUUCAGCAUGAUGAAAAUAGAUAGGAUAGGUUUCAACUUAAUUUGAUAAAUAUUAAUUUGAUAAAGAUUUAAAAUGCCUUCUGUAAGUUGAAAUCACUUGACUCGUCAAAAACGAGAAGUAAUUGCGAUCGUUUUGGUGCUGAAUUAAUUUAGCUUCCAGUUCCCCUGUUUAUAAUAGUCUAGUCAGGUCCUACGUUGACCAACACUUAUCCCCGCUAGUGAUGUUGGUAAAAUGUGUAAAUACUGAGCCUUUAUGUAAUUGAUGAAUUUUAAUUUCGAAUUUGCAAAUGUUUGAAUUUAUGCCUCAAUCUCAAUAUUACUGUUUGUCGCGUUCCAAGAUCAAGAAGUAUUUACUUAUGGUAAUCUUUAAAUGACGGUUUAAUAAAAGUUUUCUUGAGCAA